GGUCUUCAUUUCCUUCCACGUCCUGCUCAAGACCUUGUAUCUUGACGCGACCGAAGAACUCUAUCGGCAAUGGCGGGCUAUAAUGUCGCACACCUCCUUAUCAUUGGCCUUUUUUUCCAUCUUAUCUUCAUUUAUUCUGUGUUCGACUGCUAUUUCACAAGUCCUGUUGUCCAUGGGAUGUCAAGCUUCAAUGUUGAUUACAAGGAAGCGCAAAGACUCGUUCUCAUUGUUGGUGACGGUCUGCGGGCAGACCUUUUAUUUGAACCGAACGGAUUUUCUGCAUUCCCCAAUACACCCGAAGUCGUUGCGCCCCACAUACGCUCCAUCAUCGAACACCGAGGCGCUUUUGGCGUAUCCCAUACUCGUGUACCUACUGAGAGUCGACCAGGACAUGUUGCAAUUAUUGGCGGAAUGUAUGAAGAUGUAUCUGCUGUAGCCAAGGGAUGGAAGACGAACCCAGUCGAUUUUGACUCCGUCUUCAAUCAGUCAAGUCACACGUAUUCCUUCGGGUCUCCAGAUAUCUUACCAAUGUUCACUCGUGGUGCAGUUCUUGGAGUAGUGAAGGAAUGGAGUUAUGACGAAGAUGCGGAAGACUUCACGCAAGAUGCGACAAAGCUCGACUUGUGGGUCCUUGAGAACCUGCGUGAUCUCUUUCGCAAUGCCACUACAAAUCCUACUUUGGAUCAUCAACUCCGCUCGGAUAAGGUCGUGAUUUUCCUGCAUCUUUUGGGCUUGGACACGACAGGACAUUCAUACAGGCCCCAUUCACUUGAGUAUAUGCAUAAUAUUCAGGUCGUCGAUGGAAUUGUGAAAGAGACCGAGAAAUUGAUUUCUGAUUUCUUUCAAGACAAUGAGACAAGCUAUAUCUUCACUGCAGAUCAUGGCAUGUCUGUCAUUGGGAACCACGGGGAUGGAAAUCCUGAUAGCACGCGAACACCCCUCGUUGCUUGGGGCAAAGGAAUCCGUGGACCUCUUUCUGACUCAAUUCCUUCUUCCCAUGACGGUUAUUCACGACCUUGGGGACUUACCCAUCUAUACCGAAGGGAUGUUGAACAGGCAGAUAUAGCUGCUCUCAUGGCUACUUUAAUAGGCAUUGACUGGCCCGUGAAUUCCGUUGGCGUCUUACCUGACGCAGAUCCUACACGGCCUGGUUACUUGCUUCCUAGAAACGGAGAUCAAUCGCUUGCAGGAGCCGCCUUAGUCAAUACAAAGGCGAUAUUGGAGAACUAUCGAAUUCAGCAUGAAAUCAAGAAAAGACAUAAGAACUUCUACAGAGCAUUUACUCCAUUAGAAGCCCUGACGAAGUCCGGAAAUCCACGCAGGAUAGAAGCAAUACAAGAAAUCGAGCACCUCAUACUCCAAAGUGACUGGUACGGCGCUCGUGCCGCCGCCCUUGACCUCAUUACCAUUGGACUUGAAGGUCUUCGUUACCUCCAGACAUAUGAACGAGCACUGCUGCGAACGAUUGCUACAAUUGCCUAUGCUGGAUGGGCAGCGUACGCAUCUUUAUUUGUUUUCAAACCGGGGAGUUUCCCGGUAGCACAACAGUCGCCAGUCAUAACGGCUACAGCUUUCGUUGUGCUGGCGAGUUUUUGGGGACUUUUCUUCUCAGAACGGGCGCCUUGGACAUAUUAUCUAUAUGUUACCUUCCCGUGUUACUUUUGGCAACGGUUCUUAUCACAAAUACUCCCAUUGUUAAAGCCAUCAGCUCUUAAUGUUUCACGACAGCAUGCUUGGAUGACCAUUUCAAGAGUUUGCCUCGUAUUCGCAACACUGAUAAGCAUGGUGGUCGCUUAUACACAUCGAUCAAUUUGGAGCGUUGGCUUCCUCGUAAUUGGUUUUGUGUGGCCUGCCGCGUUCUGGUCCUCUGAAGAAAGAGCCCAGGUUGCUGGGUCUCAAUGGUUGUGGAUGGCUUCUUGUCUCAUCACGGCCAUUUUCCCGCUACUUAGUGUAGACAAGACGGAGACACUGUCUUCGAUAUUACUGGGCGGCGUAGGCAUCCUUUUAACUGGAGCCUUUACGAUUACACAAUUUGCUAGAUCAGCCUCGAGGUCGCUGCUUUCGGUGUUCUACACACAAUGCUUGUUUAUCGUGAUCACUAUGAUCGUGACCGCAAGCUCUGUACGAUGUCUACAAGCCAAGACAGGGUUACCCUUACUGAAUCAAAUAUCUGGAUGGAUCGUGUUAUCUAUGUCUUCACUGCUUCCGUUCAUCUCUCGGGUGAAGCACUCUACACCUAUGUCGCAGAUUCUGAUGUACUUCCUCGGGUUUGGGCCGUGUUUCGUCAUCCUUUCCAUAAGCGUCGAGGGCAUGUUCUAUAUUGCGUACUGCAUGACCCUUCUGUGUUGGAUUGAAGUGGAGACAUCGCUUCGCAACGCACAGCGCUCUAAACAGGACAACGCCGAAGUAUACCGCUUUCAGGCGGAUGAUUUGCGUAUAGUGCUUUUCUUUUUGUUCUUCGUGCAGGUUGGUUUCUUUGGCACGGGAAAUGUGGCUUCCGUCUCGUCGUUUUAUUUGUCCCCGGUGUAUAGACUGAUACCAAUAUUUAAUCCAUUCUAUAUGUCUGCACUGCUGCUGUUCAAAAUUGUUGCGCCAUACAUCAUCUUGUCUGUGGCAUUUGCAACCUUGACGUACCAGCUGGAUCUCCCUCCAUUCGCCCUUUUUCUCAAUGCUCUCAUGAUAACAGACGGCAUGACCGUGAUGUUCUUCUUCAACGUCACGGAUACUGGUUCAUGGCUGGAAAUUGGCCAGACAAUCAGUUUCUUCGUAGUUGCAUCGCUGUUGCUCGCGUGGUCCGGAGGAAUAUGUGCUGCUGGAGAAUAUUUGAUGGCGGACGUGCUCGUUAGAUCACCGAAAUCUCGCGUAGAUUAGAACAAUAUAUUUCACUGAGCAAG